CGCAAAUUAAUUCAAUCCUAUACAAAACCUCCAUCCGUCCAUCAUCUCAUCUCCACGCCAACUCACACACACUCUCAACCUCCGACCCUCAACCACCCCAUUUCCCCCUCGGGCAACCCCCACCCAAAAACAAUGGCCACCAAAACACCCUCAACAACAACCCGCAUAACCCACCUCCUCACGCACUGGCCCAAAGACAAAGUCCGCCCGGCCUCCGUCUCCAUCCACAACUACCUGCAAUCGCGCCUCCCCCAACCGCAACCGUCCUCCACCCAGACCCAAACACCCCCCAAAACCGGCCUCUCCGAGGCCAACCUCGACGCCCUCACCGCCCUCCUUAAUGACAAGUUCGCGCGCCGGUACCCCUUGCCCCCGCGCCUGCGCCACCCGGCCAGCAACCCGCAGCACUACGAGAACGUGGUCCGGGAGUUCGACGAGGCGCCGGACCGGGAUUGGUUGGGCCGGUUGCGGAAGAAGGUCGCGGGGAUGUUGCGGUUGAAGUAGACCUUUUACCUUGUGGGUGAUACCUGUGGGUGUUUCGCUGUAUGAUAGGGUACAAAGGUGGGAAGAUAUGGGUGAAUGGGUAGAGGUAGACUGGGGGAUUGGUGAAAAGCCUUGGGCACGGGCACGGUACUCUACUCUUGAUAUUUGUGGGAUUGUAAUAACAUUUUUUUAGAUGGGUUGGGUGGAAUAUGCUUUGCGUGCGUCGGUUUUCUUUUGACCUUUUUUGACCUUGGGAGUCACUGGAGUUCGAUUUUGGAGAAACUCGAAAACUCGAAAGAGGGGAUGGAGCCGGGAAUUGGGGGUGAAAAACAUGUACUGCACUGUACUGUACUUUUAUGGCUUAUGGCGCAACAAAACUUGUAUAUAUUUCCCUUAAUGAUGCGCAGCAAUCAAAAGUGAU